UUCUUCAGAUUCCUUCUCCAUAGAACAAGAUUGAAAAUAUUCGGAUAUUUUUCUCUUAAUUUAUGCUGGGGAAAAAUAUGCCCCUUUCUUCUCUCUCUACAAAUCAUUCUCUCUCUCGUCAUUUUCUUCAUAGCGCGACGACCACUUCGUCUUCUCCAAGCUGUUCUUUUGUCAACUUCCCUGUUUCUCUCGGCCUCUCUUGCUCCAAACCUUUCUCGAGGUCGAGGUUGCAAACUGUCUUGCCUCGCAAGAAAGGUAGGAUCUGUCGCAAAGAGAUUCGACGGGAAGUGGUUUCUUCUUCUGGGUCCAACGAUAUGACGAUCACGGAGGUUAGUGAAGGUGGGAAUGAGGAUAUUGAAGCUCCCCUUCUUGAUUCGGAGAUGGUCUCCAGGCCGAGGAGAAUCGCUCUUUUCGUUGAGCCUUCGCCGUUUUCGUACAUUUCCGGAUACAAAAACAGGUUCCAGAAUUUUAUAAAAUAUCUACGUGAAAUGGGAGAUGAGGUUAUUGUUGUGACAACACACGAAGGCGUUCCUCAGGAGUUCCAUGGUGCAAAAGUCAUUGGAUCAAGGAGCUUUCCAUGCCCUUUGUACCAAAACGUGCCCCUCUCGCUUGCACUUAGUCCUAGAAUAAUCUCGGAAGUUGCACGGUUUAAGCCUGAUAUAAUACACGCUUCAUCUCCAGGGAUAAUGGUCUUUGGUGCUCUAGCAAUAGCAAAAAUGCUGUCUGUACCCAUAGUGAUGUCUUACCACACACACGUGCCAGUGUACAUCCCGCGAUACACAUUUAGUUGGUUGGUCAAGCCCAUGUGGUCGAUAAUAAGAUUCCUUCACAGAGCUGCUGAUCUUACAUUAGUGCCCUCAGCCGCCAUUGGGAAAGAUCUUCUAACAGCAGGUGCAACAGCAGCUGAUCAGCUUCGUCUUUGGAAUAAGGGUGUUGAUUCUGAAAGCUUUCACCCCCGUUUCCGCUCCCAUGAAAUGCGACUAAGACUGAGUAACGGCGAACCAGAUAAACCACUGAUAGUACAUGUUGGGCGUCUUGGCGUUGAGAAAAGUUUGGAUUUCCUAAAGAGCAUAAUGGACAGAUUGCCAAAUGCUCGGAUUGCUUUCAUUGGAGAUGGACCAUACAGAGAGGAGCUAGAGAAGAUGUUUGCCGGCAUGCCAGCAGUUUUCACGGGGAUGCUGCAAGGGGAAGAGCUCUCACAAGCUUAUGCGAGCGGAGAUGUGUUUGUGAUGCCAUCUGAGUCAGAGACGCUAGGCCUCGUGGUACUGGAGGCAAUGUCCUCAGGUCUCCCUGUCGUGGCAGCUCGUGCUGGUGGAAUCCCCGACAUUAUCCCCGAAGAACAGGAAGGUAAAACCGGGUUUCUGUUCAAUCCGGGGGAUGUGGAGGAUUGCCUGAGCAAAGUGAGACAACUACUGGAUGAUCCUGAGAAGAGGGAGACGAUUGGAAAAGCAGCAAGAGAAGAGAUGGAGAAGUAUGAUUGGAGGGCUGCCACUAGAAAGAUACGCAACGAGCAAUACAGCGCCGCCAUUUGGUUCUGGCGGAAGAAGAGAUCUCAGCUUCUCGGCCCUUUCCAUUGGCUGGUGAAUCGGCUCUUUCCAUCGCCGGAAGUUGAUGUCUAGAUUGUGAAGAUGACAAGAUUGGUUGUCGGGAUGAUAUGAGGAUUGUGUGGAUAGUUAUUGUUUGUUGUUUGAUUGAUUGUCAAUUUGUUCAUUGAAGGUGCUUGUUGUAAGAUGUUAGAUGAUAUUGUACGGAUUUUUAGUUGAUACGUGUAUAUGUAUGUUAUAUGUAUAUGCAUAUAUAUAGCUUCUAACAAUC